AUGAAGGGACGCUGGCGAAAGGACAAGCGCGCGGACGCUCCAUCCUCCUUUUCCUCUCAGUCGGCCUCCUCUUCUGCCUCUUCUGCUUCUUCUGCCUCUUCUGCUUCUUCUCCUGUCUCUUCAUCUGCUGCGUCUUCUGUCCCGAGAGACUCGGCGCAGACCGCGUGCGUCGCGAGCGGAGUUCAGCCCUCAAAAGGCGCGCCAACUUCGUUUGCGCCUGCGCAGGAAGACACCGCGGGGUUCUUCUCUCGGCAGCGACUGGCGAAGUCGAAUGCUGGAGGCGAGACAAAGAAAGAAAACGAAGGAGCUUUGUACGCCUGCCGCGCCGUGGUGAAGAAGAGCGAAUACGCUCUGUGCGACUCCAGCACACACAUCGCCUUCAAAAAAGCGCUAGACGGAGGCUCGAUUUACCUCCCGAACUUCUUCUGCGCCAAAGGAGAUUUCUCCAUCUUCAACAGCCUCCUCCGCGAAGUCGAGCGGUACGCAGGGGAGACCGACACGGCGGAGCGCGAGGCAGCUGAGAGCGGUGCGAGCUUAGGCGCGGCGGGCGCGGCUGCGGAGACCUCUGAGGCGUCCACGUCUGGGGCCGCGUCUGCCGAUUCGGCUGCUGCGCUUUUGCCGUUUACCGGGGCGGUCGCGUGGUCGCGCCACUUGAAGCACGAAAAUCCUUCGUUUUCUGCGACGUUUCGGCGACUAAUAGCGCAGCUGAGUGCACACUUCGACGUGGAUGUCUACGCGACGCGGAUGAAUCUCUACAUGGACGGCGCGCACUGGAAGCCUCUGCACAAGGACUCGCACGCGUAUUCGCCGACGACGCACCUGCAGGAAGACAUCACUGUGGGCGCCUCCUUCGGCGCCUCGCGGGAGCUCGAGUUCGUCCACGACACAAACGACAGCUUCCGCUUCACCUUCCCCCAGCACAACGGCGACGUCUUCGCCUUCACCGCAGACGUGAACAAGGCCUUCAAACACGGAGUGCCUGCCGUCCGCAACCGAGUGGUAGGCCCGCGCUUCAGCGUCAUCCUCUGGGGACGCAGGCGGAAGCUGACCUCGCGGAACGCCGCCGCCAGCGAACUCCGCAGGGAAGGCCUCGGCGCGUAG